AUGUUGUUCUGCCUUAACGCCUUACAGCCUCAGGCACAAAUUCCACGUCACCUGACCCAACCGAAGCGAAGCCAAGCCCUGCCGCACACAAACCAUCCACACUCGAAGGUCGAUAACUUCAUCCGUCCAUCCAACAAGCUCGCCGUCGCGAUCAACCCUUCAAGAUGCCGAGCCACAAGACCUUCCGCACCAAGCAAAAGCUUGCCAAAGCUCAGCGUCAGAACCGCCCCAUCCCCCAGUGGAUCCGUCUGCGCACCAACAACACCAUCAGAUACAACGCCAAGCGCCGACACUGGCGUAAGUCGACCCUGAAGGUCUAAGCGGACCCUCAGUAUUCGCACCCUCCGCUCGGCCAUUCUCAAAAGCCCCAAUUCAGCUCGCGAUGUCAUAUGGCAACCGAAGUGUGUCUGUGCGGGGUGGUUCAAGGGUUUUUGAUUAUUUCGAAACCCUCUUCAUGAUGUGACGCCCACAACCGAAUUUCGAACAACAUGCCUUGACCAUGAACUUGAGAGCGCUAGUGGAUGUGGAACUACUCUUGAGUGCAAUUGCAAACAAAAAAUUCAAUUAUCAAAUCUUGAUCCGGGUCUUGCUUUGGGUCGUGUCUAUCUUUCUUUUCUUAAUCUUCCGAUGGGUCGUCAUUCCUUUUCCUCCACGGUUCCGAGUGGGGAUAUGAUGGAUUUCCAACACGCCUAAAUUAUCGAUAUGAUGGCAGGCCCGGAUUAUGUUUGCAAAAGGGUUUUGUUGCUGUUGGGGGCUGAUCGUUUUCUUGCUGGGGGCGGGCUUGUAGGACUGGCAUGGCGGGGGAUUUUCUUUU